CACUUGUCUAAUAUCUCUAAAUAUUCAUUCUCCAAGGUUAAUAUAGGUGAGCAUUGGACCGAUGUGCAGACUGUGAUGGAGUCAGAACAUCACCCGCAUGACGAUGCAGAAACAGAGAUGAAAUAUGAUCUGCCAUCUUUAGAAAUAGACCAAGGAUUAGAUUAUGUCUCCAAUGAUGAAUCUGAUGGAUUGUAUGAAUCAGACCAUGAUGAAAAUAGAUGUGGCACACCAAUACCAUAUGUGGAAGAGGAGAACUGGGAUGUUGAGGUAGAAAAAGACCACCCAUUUGCUGAUGAUGGUGAGACUGGACCUGUUUUGUAUGAAAAAAAGUAUUUCAUUCCUGGAGACACAUACUUCUGCCCUUCAGAUCAGCAUGUUACGUCAGUUGGAAAAAGGAACAUGCAAUACUGCAUUGUUGAGGGCCAAUUUGAUGAUGCUUGAUAGAUGAUUUCACUGCAAUGUAAUGUAGUAUAGAAUUUUUUCCAAUAAUUUCCCAACAGUGCUCGUAUAAAAGUACAUGUUUUCUGAUUUUAAAGCUCGGUAUGACUUCGCGUUUAGAAGUUAGAGUCAGUGUAUUGUUUGGUUGUGAUUGUUUUUUAGCAGUGGCAGUUUUGACAGAUUUGUCAACACGAUAAAUCAAGGUCCAUUAUGUCUAUAAAUAUGUAAAUAUAUUGUAUUGUAUUUUUCAUGUGCUAAUAAUAUAUUUUUUGUAUUAUUAGAGUAAUCAAAUAUUUGACUCAUGAUAUAUCUGUAAGGUAUUUUGCUUACUACCAAUUCUAAACAAUAACACUACAAAUCAAAAUGAUUGAAAUUGUCAGGCAUGAGAAUUUUCCGCUGCUUCGCGGAUUUCCGGGUUUUGGUUUUAAUUUUGUUCAUUCUUGAUCGAUGAAAAAAAAUUUGAUGGGGGCAAGGUGUACUUGAAGGUAACAUAAAAAACUUCUGUCUUCAGUGCAUCUCACUACUUUGAAUAUCAGAUUCUUUUUCUCAACAACAUACUCUUGCACAUUCAAAUUUUUACUGUUUCUAGUCACACGAUGGCGCCGCAAUCGCAUCGUCAAAAAUGACUCCUGAGGACUUUUUGUACGCUUUGCUUUUAAUUAUUUCUGUUGUUAUUGGAUAUUACAUAAAGCCUAUUAAAGACGCUAGGAAGAAACAGUGGGCUUUAGCGGUAUCAGGAGUGUUACUAAUCAGCGGCAUUGUAAGAGUUCACCUGUUACAUUCAAUUAUCACAGUAGCUGGAAAUUGUGCCCUAAUCAAAGCAUCUCGCAGGAUAUGUCACAUCACAUGCUUUAUCUGGUGCUUUGCGUACCUGGCAUUUUUCCGAUGCACCGAAUAUUUUGGUCUGCCAAAGGUUCCACCAUUAGCGAACGCUGUUCAACUAAUCUUGACUCUUAAGAGCAUCGGAUUGGCAUUUGAAAUAGUGGAUACCGAUCACAAUAAGAAGUCUAUCAAGGAUGCCACAUUUGAUAAAGACAAGAAGCUUAAAGCAAAAUUCACUGACAUUAACCCCUCCAGCUUAGACAUUGUCUUAUAUAGCUACUGUAUUCUUGGUAUAUUCACAGGUCCUUUCUACAAAUAUCGUGUGUACCAUGACAUGUUACAUGCAAAGUAUUUGGAGAAUUUCGAUCCACUGAAGUACAUGGGAAAACGAAUCAAGGCUCUUCCGCUAUACGUCCUCAUCUACUUAGUGCUGAAUGAGACAUACACUGUGCAGUAUGCUACUACGGAUGAGUUCUUUGCCCGAUCCUUCCUGUAUCGCAUCUUCUACAUGUGCCCCAUGUUUCUGGUGUUUCGCAUGCGGAUGUACGUUGGCUGGAUCCUAGCCGAGAGUAGUUGCAUGUGUGCCGGACUAGGAGCGUACCCGACCGUCGCAAAGACGCGCCCCGGACACGGCCCGAUGGAUUACGCAGCCCUCGAGGAGCAACUGGAGCGUACGUCAGUGGACGACAUGCAGAUAGAUUUUGAGACAGUGCACAACAUCGAUGCAUACAUGUGCGAGUCUGUCUCAACGGUUCGUGAGGGCAUGAGGGGUUGGAAUAUGAGCGUUCAGUACUGGCUUGCCUUCUUCAUCUACAAACGAGUACCGGUGAAGUCGAUACGUUUGAGCGUGACGAUGUUAGUUAGUGCGUUCUGGCACGGCAUACAUCCCGGCUACUACCUGAGCUUCUUGACUGUCCCGCCGACGCUAUUCGGAGAGCAGAUGAUGGAUGCAGCAUUUCGACGCAACGCUAGCGCCCCCGUGCAGCGGGCCUACGACUGGGUGAUGUGGUUCUUCCGCAUGCGAGCAUUCGAGUAUAUGUGCAUGGGAUUCUUGCUGCUGCGGUUCGACCGCACGAUUGCCUACUGGUCAAGCAUAUACUUUGCCCAGCAUAUUGUGAUCAUAUUGUUCAUUACCGUCGGAUACCUUGUCAAGCAAAGGACAGCGCCAAAAACCUCUGCAUCCAUUGCAAGUUCUAGUGAGAUUAGGACGGACUCCAAGAAAAUCGAAUAAUUUAACACUUGCUACAAAGUCUUUUUGAUGGAUAAAUGUUGCUAGUCAUGUGUGCGAUAAAUUAAUUUUCCCAGGUGAUAACAUGUUGAAAACUUUUGGAUUUAAAUAUGUAGCCAUCUACUUUCCUUUUUGGCACAUUAAUGCGUAUUGUUAUUUCAGUAAGUAAAUUAGGUGCAUGGUAGAGCUGCUA